AUGGCCCAGUCAAAGAAAGCUGUAGACUCCAUGCCAUUGGUGUUGGAUGGAGGUGUGCCGCCGUGGGUGUAUGGCGAGGUCUUUGUGCCACCCUUUUCGGUGGUGCAGGCGCCUUCAUGGCUUGGCUUCGCAGUCAACGUGACUGGUGGAAGCUGUCGAGGACUCAACAUUGAGGAGCUUCUGCUGACACAGACCGUGGCAGAUGCCGAUCACCUCAAGAUCGGGCUGCAAGCGGAUGUCGGGACCCAUUGUGUUGUAGAUACCUUACUCGAGGUUCGAAGUUUGCACUCAUGUACCGUGGCUGUUGCGCUAUCGGCAUCAGUCGUGAAGCUCACCAUUCAGGUUCCCUCGGUGUCUGGGUUUCCAGGGCAAGCCACCGCAGUUUGCGAGCUCACACCGGAUGUCACUCAGUUGGAGGUCCACGGAGAGUCUGCAGCAUGCGACGCUUUGAAAUUGGCGAAGCGAGGGAUACGUGCUCUUGUGAAUGAGUUUGCCUCAAAAGUGGUGUGCAGCCAGGUCUCUGCUGGGCUCGCCAAGCUCUCUUCAGAGGAGAAGGUUCAGCCAUAUCUGAAACCAGCAGCAGCACUCCGCCCCCCAGCUGCUGAUGGUGCUGUUGAUUUGAGAAGCAUUUUCUGGCAGGGGCCCAUGGGCCACGUGUUUCGAUCUUUUCUCCGAGAAGUUGGACACGUGGACAAUAACGUCGAAUUCAACAAGGUGCUGCAGUUCUUGCGAUCAGAUCUUGGGCUUGGAGCUCUUGCAUUACAUUCUGGAGCCGAACUCAAGGUGGCUCUCCCCUGGAUCGAGGAUGCUUUUCUUGCCUGGACGACAAAGAGUGCCAAGGUGGAUGUAAGCUUCGUUGAGGAUCUCCACUUUGGCUUUACUGCGCCGUCAGCAGCGCGACUGGAAGGUGAAUUUACGCCUUGGGUGUCGAUGGCUGCGGAAAUGGCCUUGCUGCUCCCGCAGGGCACUGCGACCCUGAAACUUCUAGGCCAUGUUCUAAACAUCACGCAGCACGCCAGCUUAAGUCCGGUGCACUUCCACGUCAGAGCAGACUUGAAGGUGGCAGGCGAUGCCACUGUUUUCGUCGCUUACAAUGAAACCGGACUUCGCCAACUGCAGCUGGAUCAGAUGCAGUCCGGGGGCUGUGCUUCCAUUUUUUUGGACCGUCGCAUCGGCUCACCGAUCGAAGUGCUUGAGGCUCGGUGCACUCCACGUUUGCAGAGCCUGGAUGUGCAGCUGUUGGAGUAUGAUCCGAGCGACCUUGAGAAUCGCAUCCUCAAGGUGUUCUUGACUGUUCUCCAGCUGCUGGGCCACACCUUUGGCGACACUGCGGUGCAAGCGGUGGACGGCUACAUUUCUCGAAGAGGACGAGCGCUGAUGAACGAAAUGCUGGAGCAGAUGAUACUCAAGUCUCAGCAGCUGGCGUGCCCUGCGUCAAAUUAUUCGUCUGGAGAAAUAGGUGCCAUCGCCAUGCCAUCUAGCUGGGGAUCUGGCUUCUUUCUCUCGCUUAUGGCAAUCCUUUUCCUGGUUUACCUGUAUCCCCUCUGCACGUGCUACAUGUCGAAUUGUGCUCCUGAGCGGUCCACAUCCAGCAGCAGGCUAAACUGGCUGAACGAAGCAGCGCUGGCAGCUUCACCAGAUUUCGCAGAGGUGUCCCGCUCGAUGGAUGCCGGUCCCCGCCGAGGCUUGGGAUGGCAGCCGGGCGUGCCGCUGGCCGCGCGAUGGGGCCUUCUCUCAGGCAUUGUUGGCACCAUCCUCCUCUUCGUGUAUGCCUCUGUGACACCUGGCAUACUGCUCUCAGGCAGCUUCAAGGCCUCGGAUGGCUCAUCCGACACGAGGCACAUGGCCUCCCUUUCCAUGGACAACAGCUUGGUCCAGACCUGGACCGUAGGGUCCUAUUUCGUCUUCUGCGCCAUGUUGAUCUUCAGUGUCAUUUGGCCAUACAUCAAGCUCUUCAUGAUGCUGUAUGUUUGGGUGAGGCCCAUGGAUCACAGCACCCGUGGUCCCGUGCUUGUGUUCUUGGACCAGAUAGGGAAAUGGUCCCUCAUGGACAACAUCAUCAUGUUCCUGUUUAUCGUUUUCUUCUGGAUUGCUUGGACGGGCGAGGACUUAGUGGGCGGUGGGCGAGCCAGUUUUGGCUUGAAGUGCAGCCCUCAAGACGAGGUGAACACUUUUCUGGCGGCAACCAUCCUGUCGCUUCUACUGGGACAUGCCAUGCUGUGGAUACACCGUUGGCAGAACGCCGACAAGGUGGCCGGAGGUGAAGAACCUUUGGCUCGGUCCGGCCCGUCUUCUUCGAGGCGCUUACGCAUUGUAGGUGUGGGCCACGUGAUAUGCUUGCUGCUUACGGUGCUCUCUUGGCAGGUGGAGAUUGUUGAAGUUACGUUCAGUGGCCUUGUCGGCACAUUUCUGGAGGUGACGCAGCAGCCUACGUCCAGAGGAUACAGCAUUAUUGGCAUCUUAUCCUGUCUGGGAGAGCAGGGCUCGAUGUACCUGCAGGUUACCUUUGCAGUUUUCGUUCUGGCGAUUCCAGUGCUCCAGCUGCUGGCCAUGAUAUUUAUUUGCCUGUAUCAGCUGCGUCCAAAGCGUCAGCAGCAGUUCCUUCGCCUAUGCUACACUUUGCGAGCAUGGGCUGCCUACGACGUCUUUCUCAUUGCCUUUCUUGCUGCAGUUCUCGGCGGCGAUCGGUAUGGCAUUGGCCAGUUCAUUGAGCUGAUCGUUUACAAACAAAACUUGGCACCCACGUGUCGCGGAUUCCGUGACGUGGGCAUCGAGUGUCUACACAUACACCUCGGCUUCCUGCCGGGCACGCUUAUCAUCGUUGCUGCCGUUGCACUCUCCUACGUUGUGAGCUUGCUGGUGGCGAGAGAGACCAAUCCUGGAUGA